AUGGUUUUAAACUAUUCAUUAAUAUACACUCAAGAACUAAAUAUUUCAAUUUAUAUUGAUUCGCUUUAUACAAAUAAUACAAUACAAAUACCACCAUACCCAGCCUCAUAUUUCACAAAUGCUACAAAGUAUAAUGAAGGUAUUGUUGAAAUUACUGGUACACAACUUUUAUCACCAUCAGUUCAGAACGAUCUUAAAAUUACAAUUUUCGGCAAACUAUGUAACAUCAUUCCACCUAACAACUUAACCUAUAUCAAAUGUACAUUACCAAAAGGAGUUGAUAAUAAUCAAAAUACAAUUCAAGUAUGUGUAAACAAUAUAUACAGUAUAAAUAACCUUAUUUAUGAAUAUUCAAAACCCGUUAUUUCCAGUGUCACACAAAAUGGUUCCAUCUUUACAAUACAAGAUAUUCAAUCUUCAUAUGGAAAAAUAGUUGUCGAUUUUGUAGCAUUUAAUGAACAUGUUCCACUUAAUUUAACCAUUUAUAAAGAUCCAUAUCUUAAAAUUCCAUAUUUAAAUCUUAUUUUUACCUGGUCUAAUUUCUCCGAUCCCGAGUUUUAUAAUUAUACUUUUGACAGAAUUACCUAUAUAGCUACUAUGGAUAGUAAAGAUAUUAUGGGUCCGCAGUAA